AUGGCUCCUAUUCAACUUUAUAAUGACAAUAAUGAUAACAUGCAGAAAUCAUCUGAAGAUUUAUUAAUCACAAGCGAUAAUAAAAUACGCUCAUCAACUCCUAACAGUCUAUUGGUUAAACUGAAUGAAACUAAUGAAACAACUAAUGAUAAUACAAUCGAUGAUACUGAAGAUGGUUGGUUACGUACAAUUGAAAAUUGGAUUGGUAUGCUAAAUACUGAGAAUCAUUUAGAUAAUGGGGAACU